GGAACAACUCGAAUCUCCAGGAGUGUUCGCUACUUGGUGAAUGGAGACCUGCUACGUUUCAAUUUCUCCUCUGCCUGUCCUUGCGUCUGAUUGUGCCUGGGCGGUUGAUUUUUCUAUUCUGCCCCCGUGUUAUAGGUGUUCUUUCCUCUGUCUGAUCCCGUGAGACCUUGGUGUUUCUGUGCCGUUCAGCCAGGAUGAGCACCUCCAUCAUCACCAUCCAGCAGGAGAUUAUCCUGAAUACGAUCCGUCAUGCUGGCGGUGACGAGUGGAAAGUGUUGGUGGUGGAUGAGACAAGCCGGAAAUUGAUCGACAAUGCGGUCAAGCAGGACGAUAUUCUCAAUCUCAAUGUGACGAACGUGGAGCAGAUCGAGCAUCGACGACAGGCAAACCCGGACAUGGAUGCUCUGUACAUCCUGUCGCCCGCUUCUCAUAUCGUCGACUGUUUGAUGGCCGAUUUCGAGAGGAGGAGAUACCGGAGGGCGUUUGUAGUCUGGACGUCUAUCCUCGACCCUCAACUACGCAGCAGAAUCGACCGUUCGCAAAUGGCGCGGGACCAGAUUGCAGACUUUCGAAUCAUGAACAUCGACUUCUUCCCAAGAGAAUCUCAUGUGGUGACUUUCCGAGACCCGUGGAGCUUUCCGAUUCUGUUCCACCCGGCGUGCAAUAAUCUGGUUCGGGAACAUCUGCAGGGUCUUGCGCAAAAGGUGGUAUCGCUAUGCGCCUCGCUUGGGGAAUACCCUAUUAUUCGAUACUACCGGCCUAGAGUCCCGACUCAUGAGGCCAGUGUUCUUUGCUCGCACUUGGCACGAUUCGUCCAGGAAGAGAUGGAUCGGUUUGCUCAGUUCCAGCGAGAUUUUCCGCCCCCUUCUAACCGUCCUCGUGGCGUACUGUUUGUGGUGGAUCGUUCAAUGGAUCUCUUCUCGCCGCUGCUUCAUGAAUUCACGUAUCAGGCCAUGGUCCAUGAUCUGCUCCCCAUCAACGAUGGGGACAAAAUCACGUAUAAAACUGUCGUCAACCAGGGCGGUCCUAACGAAGAAGAAAAGGAGCUAGAGAUCGGAGAUCAUGACAAGGUGUGGGUGGACUACCGCCACAUGCACAUGAAGGACGUCUUGGGCAAACUCGGAGAGGACUUUGCCAAGUUCCGAGCCGCCAAUGCUCAGUUUGCGGACGACGACAAGCAGGUCGAUGUGGACCGGAUCCAGGGCAUGUUGGCUGGUCUGGCGGACUUCCAAGAAGGCAAAAACAUCUACACCCUGCAUCUGAACAUGGCGCAAGAGUGCAUGAAUUACUUUCAAGACCGCAAACUUCUUGAGGUCAGCCUGGUGGAACAAUGUCUCGCAACCGGUCUUGAUGAGAACUACAAGAAGGUCAAACAUAUCGCCACACAGCUUGUACAACUGCUGGACGACGAAUCCAUCAAUCGUCCGGAUCGACUGAGACUCCUCCUGCAGUACAUUAUCUAUCGAGGUGGUUUGCUAGCGGGAGAUAUCAAGAAGCUCAUGGCUCACUCCCAACUACCUCCGCAGGACGGAGAGGUUGUCUACAAUCUAGAUCUUCUGGGCGCACGGGUCGAGAAACCGCUGAAGGACACCAAAGCCGCCGUCCCCCCGCUGUUUACCAAGCGACCGCCUUCUGCCAAUCCAGAAUCUGACGAGGCGAGCCUGUCCCGGUACGAGUUGAACGUGAAGCAAAUGUUGGAGGAGCAGAUUCGAGGCACUCUAGACACGACUACUUUUCCCUACACCAGACCGCAGAACGAUGCUGCGGACGGCGCGUCGGCGGCGAACGGCAUUUCGCAGGCCUCGCUGCGCAGCGCGAAGCCUACGUGGGCGCGCACUCGCUCCGCCGCGGACCAGCCGCGACAACGGAUCAUCGUGUUUAUGGCGGGCGGGGCGACAUAUUCGGAGGCGCGGGCCUGCUACGAGAUCUCCCAAGCGCAGGGCAAGGAUGUGUUCCUAGCCACGUCACACAUGCUCACCCCGAGCCUGUUCCUACGCCAGAUCGGUGAUCUCAGUGUCGACAAACGCCGGCUCGACAUCCCCGCCGAACGGCCCAAGCCGACGGCCCCCGCGCAUCUCUUCGAGAAGGAUCCUCCUCCCCAGCCAGCACCACCGUCUGCAGCCUCUGCACAACCAUCUCCGGCCGGUCAUGCACCUCCCACGGCCGCGAUGGGAAACAUGUCGUUGGGCUCAAGCGGACACAACACUCCACCCUCCAGCGGCAGCCAUUCGCUACCCUCUGGGGGAAAACCGAAGAAGGAAAAGAAACGGCACCAUUUCUUCAAGUAAAUCUCCCAAGAGCCUUAUAAUCUCGCAGCGUCUUCUGUUGUCUCUUUCGCCCCUCUCUCUGAUUGCGUGCUACUCUUCAUUCCUGUCUGCUGGUCGGCGCCCCGUGUCUCCUUGGCUGUUGCUAGCGAUACCAUCUCUGAUCUGGAUUCAAAGUGCGGUGUAUAGAAUUAGCAAGCUAAUAUUCUAUUACUUGGUAAAAUACUGCGUGUCUAAUAAACUCGCCAUGCC